AUUCCACUCCAUGUUGAUAGGUCCGACCGCAAGGGAUUCUGGCUGCGAUUGGCGGAGAUCCGCGACGUACAGGGUCAGCCUGUGGGAGAGGACCAUUGAUUGGCUGCUGCCCUGAGUUUAAAAUUUAAAGGCUGGAAUUGGAGGAAGCGCGAGGAUGGUAAAUACAGAGACGGGUGUGAUGACGUAAUCGCUGGGCAAUGAUGAGUUAGCGCGCAAAGCGAAAACUGCGUAGAGUCAAAAUUACAUUGAGUUGAAUGGAGGGCGAAAUCGCCUGCACGACAGCUAAUGCAGGGAGCAGGUGCUUGCCAGGACUGGCUGGUGGGUACAUCGUGAAGGGAUCUGAACUCUGUCUGGAUCAUGGCCUAGUCACACCCUGCACUGGAGCUCCAGCUCCUCGCAGAAAUGUGCAGAGGUUCCCUGCACUUCAGCCAUGUCCAGAGAGGUACCUGACCUGCUGGCUUCCUAGACCAUGAAUGGGGUUUGAGGCCGAUUUUGUCUGGCCAUCAGCCUCCAUCGCAGACUGGCCAAUGGCAUUUAGCAAGACUAUAAGCAUGAAAUAAUUGCAGCUCUUUCCAGGAUGUCCACGUGAUGAUCUUCGUGGGUUUUGGCUUCCUGAUGACAUUCCUCCAGCGCUAUGGCUUUGGAGCUGUUGGCUUCAACUUCCUCCUUGCCGCCUUUGGGAUCCAGUGGGCUCUCUUGAUGCAGGGCUGGUUCCAUUCUUUCGAGAAUGGAAAGAUACUCAUUGGAGUGGAAAACCUGAUCAAUGCAGAUUUCUGUGUGGGUUCUGUCUCCAUUGCCUUUGGGGCCAUCCUGGGCAAAACCAGCCCCGUGCAGCUGCUCAUCCUGACGUUGUUUCAAGUCACGCUCUUUGCUGUGAACGAGUACAUCCUCGUCAGCCUGCUCCACGUUAAGGAUGCUGGUGGAUCCAUGACCAUUCAUACGUUUGGAGCCUAUUUUGGCCUGACAGUGACCAGAAUUCUGUACCGGCCCAACCUGGAACAGAGUAAAGACAAGCAAGGCUCUGUGUACCACUCCGACCUCUUUGCUAUGAUCGGUACCCUGUACCUGUGGAUGUAUUGGCCCAGCUUUAACUCAGCUGUUUCAAACCACGGGGAUGCACAGCACCGAGCCGCCAUUAACACCUAUUGCUCACUGGCCUCCUGUGUCCUCACUACCGUGGCCUUCUCCAGCCUGCUGCAGAAGAAAGGCAAGCUCAACAUGGUUCAUAUCCAGAAUGCAACGCUGGCCGGUGGUGUGGCUGUGGGGACCAGCGCAGAGAUGAUGCUGACUCCAUACGGAUCCCUCAUCGUUGGAUUCCUCUGUGGCAUUGUGUCCACCGUUGGGUUCGUCUACCUCAUGCCAUUCCUGGAGUCCAAGCUGCGCAUCCAGGACACCUGCGGCAUCCACAACCUACAUGCCAUGCCAGGGCUUAUUGGGGGCAUUGUGGGGGCUGUCACCGCAGCCACAGCCACUGAAGAGGUGUAUGGAAAGGAAGGGCUCAUCAGUGCCUUUGACUUCACGGGUGACUACAAGGAUCGGACACCCAGUGUCCAAGGGGGGUUCCAGGCAGCUGGCAUUUUCGUGUCCCUGGCCAUGGCCUUGGCUGGAGGGGCCAUUGUGGGUGCUAUUUUGAAAAUCCCAUUCUUGGGGGACCCUGCAGAUGAGAACUGCUUUGAGGAUGAUGUCUACUGGGAGGUGCCUGAGGAUGAGGAGAGCAGCCUGUACCCUAUGCAUGACCCCACCCUCAAACCUGUGACUUCCUAACCCACCUGGGUAGGCAGGGCUGAGACGCAUGGGGAGGGCAGGCCUUGAAGAGCCCACGAGCUGGGUAGAGCACUAGCACCCAGCACUUGGAAGCACUGCAUGGACAGGGACUAAAAGAUCCCAGUUGCCCUCAUGGCAACACACAAGCACAGGGCACUGGCCAGUGCCAUGCACACAUGGGCUCAUCCAUCAGGGAUCCAUGCCAGCAUGUUUGCCUCAUGGCAGAAAUGCUGGGCACCGAGACCUCUUUGGUGUGGGGACGGCAGGACGGGGGUUGGGGAUUGGGUGUAUACGGGUGUGCGGUGUGAAUGUACUAACUGCCUGUUGUUGGUAUCACAGUAAAGGGCAGGAUUUCAUCAGGAGAAGGGUAAGGAGAGGUGCUAAACGGCACAGCUCCUGUGUCUCAGGCCAGGCCCAGCGUGCUGAAACCUUACCCCAAAGGCGACUGCUCAGUCACUAGCCUAGUCGGGGGAGAGGAGUGCAGGUGCUGGGCAACUGCCAGGGGAAUGUGCCAGGUGGCUGGUGGGAGGGAGGGAUACUCUCCAUCAUCCUGCUGUUAAGAGGUCACAGACAGACCUCUGACUUGCCUCUCCCUCUGGGUUUCCUUUAGGUGGCAUUUGGACUCCUCCUCAGUCUCUAGCUCCCCAGAUAAACUAUUGGUGUAUUUCUAGAAAAGGAGGUGCCCUGCGCCAAUCCCCAACUGGACGCAGACUCUUUGAGAGCUUCCAAAGGCCCCAUUUCCUUUCCCACAUUCCCCUCCAUGGUGGGAUAGCCUGGAAGAGGCCCUGUUUACACUAAGCAACACUCUGGAGAACAGCCAGUGAAGCCAUAUGUCUGUGCACAGGGCCAGAGGUUUGAAACAGACACUGGGGCAUCUCCCUUACCACUGCCAUGGGGCAGCAGCAGUGGGAGAGGGCUUAGCACCUAUGGGGAGUUGUUUUACUAGGUGCUUGCUGGGUGGGAUCUCUUAGGUUUCAAGUUCCCAGAUUUUACACUGAAACAAUUCAGCUGGCACUGUGCCUAGGCCCAGAGUUAACUGGGCCCCAUGACACCUUGGAUGCUGGGGAUUGUGGAGGGUGAAGUGACAAUAAUAAUGGAUCCAAUUCGAGGGUAAGAGAAGCCUGUCCUUGCAGCUGGGGGGCGCUGUUACACUUAGAGGAGAUAAUCAUGCUUGGCACAUAUCCAGUGCUUUGCAAUCGUUAAUAAUUAACCCUCCCAACACCCCUGUGAGGUGGGUAAGCAUCAUUGCCCCCAUUUGGCAGAUGGGGACCCAGAGGCACAAGGAAAGAAAGUGACUUGCUCCAAGGAUUAGAACCCAGGAGUCUGGGUGCCUACCCCUUUCUCAGUUCCUUUGCGAUGCUGACUCAAAACAAGUGUUUGCUUUCUUGGCCUGACCACCAGGUCCCUGACUGCUGGAGUUCGGCUGCCCUUCUCUCUCCCGGCUCUUUGCCAUUAGCUCUUGCUCCUUGGAUGUGUGAAUAAAAAGCUCCGUGUUAUUCUUUCCAGCGCUGUGCACCGUUGGGUAAUGAGCAGUGAGACUCAGGUGGGACUCUGGCCGUUGUCCUAUUUCCCCCAGUAGCAAUACAAAGGGAGCCAUUAUGGGAGGAUGCUGGGAUAGAGACAGAUUCACUUGCCACGUGAUUGGUUCAUGGGAAUCUUUCAGCCCUCAGUAGAAGGUUUGGGGUGGGGGAGGAGGGCAAGUUGAUCCCUGUUUUUGUUGCACAGAGUCCCAUGCUACCAGCUUCCUUGAGCAGGCCAACAGCCCCCUCCUACCACUACAGUGGGGUGGGGAACGGGAAUACUGCUGGUGAAAACAAAGGAGAGUGCAUCUAAAAUCCAAGGACAUGGGGUGAGGGGAAUCAGCUGGCCUAUGGCCCAGCACCAUGUUCCUGAAAUACAUUGCAAUCCAUCUUUUCCCAGGCACUGAGCCCCCUCCCCUCAACUCUCACUGGAGUCAGGGGAGCUGGGAAGCUCCACACCUCGGGGAAUUGGGCCCACAUGGUCUGCUUUCAGAUUGACUUCAGACACGUGUGUUUUGAAUACCAGGGGCUGACAAUGCUAUUGUGUCUGGGACAUAUCAGGGCCCAACUGCUUAGAACCGAGCACUUACAUGGGCUCAGAUUUCCCAAAGAGCUCAGCUCCCAUUUAGGCACCAAAAUAAAUUUUCCAAAUUGCUCAGCAUGCGGGGUGGUGGGCCCUUUUGGAAAUCUGGCUCUGAUGGCAAAUGCUGAGCACUUGAAAAUCAGUCUUGUACUCCGUAAGCACAACCAUCCCAGCUGUGCUCACAUUCUCAGCCAGUGUCCAUAUCAGUGACUGGUUUGAGGUCUGGCUGGACAUUUGGGUGCACAGUUAUACUCACUGCAUGUGAAAUCACAAUAGCCAUGCACACAGAUAUCACACCUGCAUGGUUCUGAUGAUCUGGGCCUAGGACUGCCUUGUGGAUCAUUGGUGUCCUGCCUCUGCUUCUCCAAACUGCUGGUGUUUGGGUCCAAAUGGUGUUGUACUGGCUAUUUGUGGGAAAUAUUUUUGCUGCACAUUGAUCCCUUGUGAAAAUGGAUCAUUUUGCUCUUCCAGUCUGAGCAGAACUGCUGCCUCUGUUGUCCCAACUCCCAUAUUCUCCAGGCUACAGUGACUGGGCAUCCAUCAGUCUCCUGGGGAAGCUGUUUCACUGACUAUUAGGAACUUUUCCCUCUUUGUUGGUUUCAGCCAUUCCUUCUUGUCUACUCCCUCUCCUGGGACAGAUCAUUCCCUUCUAUCUAGAUGGUUAUGCUGGGGGUUCCUGAUCCGUCAGAGUCCAAGAUACAGAAUGUGGAUCCCUUUCCCAUGUUAAUAAUACCUAGCUCUUGUAUAUUGCUUUUCAUUGGUAGAGCUGGAAGUGCUUUACAAAGGAGGGCAAUAGCAUUAGCCCCAUUUUACAGAUGGGGAAACCGAGGCACAGAGUGGGGAAGUGAUUUGCCCAAGGUCACUCAACAGAGUCAGGAAUAGACCCCAAGUCUCCUGAGUUUCAGUCUAGUGCUCUAGCCACUCGACCUCCUCCCAUCCAUCAAGGACAUAAGGGAAAAACUGGCAAUAAGAGAGGAAUUUGGAGGCAGUGGAGAAAACCCGUUCUGGAGCCAGUGUAUUUCUCAGGGUAAUGUAUGAGGAACAGAGAGGGAAAAGGAAAGAAAGGCGGAGGGAGGGGUGAUUGGAUCUCUUCUCUAUGUCUCUCUGUAAUUCUCACACCUGAGGAGGGGAGAUGAAAGUAGCUAUUCACGCCCCCUUUGGAUGUGACACCCUCAUUUUCCAUGCUGGGUAAAGACAAAAACCCUUUAUAACAUGUUUCUGGAAUUUGUCAGCAGCUGCCAGCGGCAGCAUGUUAAUUAAAUGUCGGCAAAGAUGGAAGCAAGAGGCCCUGCUCUAAUUGGACAGUUUGCUUGGUGGAACUGAAAAACAUUGUGACAAAGGAGGAGGCUCUGAAACGCUGUGUUCCCGGGGCGAGGAAACCCAGUGCCAGGAGAUGCUCUGGUAGAAAUCAGGGUUUGUCUGAGUUUGACCUGAGACGACCCUGCUAUUU